AAUUGGUUCGAUGAAGAUAUUCUCAUUGCAGCGCGUACAGUUUUAGGGAGGACGGAUAUUGUGCUGUUUUUUUUUUUUUUUUUUUUCCUUUCCUUUUCCAUCUUUACACGUGUCCCGGAUAUGCUGAGGUUGUGAUUUUUCAGGAAACAACGGUAUGGAAGAUCUGUAUGUUAAACCAGGAAACCAGGAGAGGGGCUGGAACGACCCUCCUCAGUUCUCGUACGGUUUGCAGACGGCUCCAGGAGGCCCCAAACGCAGCCUUCUCAAUAAAAGAGUGGCCCCUCCACAGCAGGAUGGCUCUCAGAGUCCUGUAGCUGGUAUGAACCCUCCUCCAAAGCUUCUCUCAACUCCACCUAUGAACCCUCUGACACCACCUCCUUGUGGGGUUGCCACACCUCCACGAUCAUACCCUGUGAUGGAACAAUCAGACACGUCACCCUCCCAACCAGAGAAUGAGCCCAAUAUCGAUGAUGUCAUCACGCUGCUCAGCUGGGCUCUGACAGCUUGUAGGUGUAGUGUGAAGAAGCAAGUCUGUGAUGAUAUUGAGAGGCGGAUGAAGCUUUUUGAAGACAUGUGGAGAAGUGAAAAACUCUCCCUUGGUGUCAGAAAAAGAAUGAACGUGCUGGUUCAAGAGAUGAAAAAGCAUAACUGGGAUAGAGCAGAUGAGAUCCACCGAGCCCUGAUUGUGGACCAUAUCAACGAGGUUGGUCAGUGGAUGGUAGGAGUGAAAAGGCUGAUUGCUGAAACCCGGACCCUGAGCCCAGAACUUCUGAAUGAUGGAGCCUCAAAUGAUGACCCAAGAUUGUCUUGUGGUGAUGAAACUGCGGCCAAGUAGAUCAAUGGGAUCAAUGGGACAUGUAUUAUCAAUUUUUGACACCCCCCAUUUUUUUUCUUUUUGGAUUUGGGAGCAACAUAGGUUUCACUGUUAGGAGAUACUCCUUCCUGUGUUUUAUUUUCCUCAAGUUCUUGUUCUUUAUAAUGGUUACAGGUGUUGGGAUAUCUUGUGCAGUCUUUUUUAAAACCUGUUUUGGAAUUCUCAUUGUUCCAAAUUAUGUGAUGCUGUAUACGCAUUUCUUUGCGUAUUUUUCUCACUUUCAUAGUAUUAUUUUUACAGUUGUCUCUGAAUUGCUGAUUAAAGUAAUGAAUAUUGUGUCAGCAUUGAUAUUCAGGAUGUUAACUUUAUUAAUGAUUUUGAAUGUUGGGAAUGUUCUGACAACUUCUGCCUUGUCACAUCCUCAAUCAGAUGUAUAAAAAGCUAAGCCCAUGCUAUUUAUGAAUGCAGUGUGUGUUAAUUUACACAGCUUUUCCUCCUUUCAGUCUGAAAAAAUGGUUAUCUGGAACAUCCUCACUACCCAGCCUUUGCUGCUGUCUGCCAGACAGUGAUUGCUUGUGAUGAAACCAUCCCUAAAUGCAGUCGCUGUAGAUUAUGUCGGAAUUGAAAUUGCUAUGAUCACAUGAUUGAGGUCUAUGUUACCGUCGUAAUCUGGAGGGGGAGACAACUGGAGAACGAGAAAAUCCCCCGAAAGUUUUGCAGGCUUUCAAAAAUAUUAAUUUUUUUCAAACUAAAAUGAUGUAGUAUAUUUUCUGUGCUGUUCUCCAAAGCAGUGAUGCAGCAAUGACAUUUGGGGUGUGUGUGUGUGUGUGUGUGUGUGUGUGUGUGUGUGUGUGUGUGUGUGUGUGUGUGUUUUUUUGACAAGGUUGUAUUGCAGUUACAGGUCGGUCACCUGAAGGUGGUGCAACGUGUUCACUUUUCUGCCGCACGUGCACUUGCUCAAAGGUCUCUUGUGAAAUGUUUACACCAGUUUACCACUACGAUUAGUUAACGCUUCCAGCCGCUACUACUUUACCUUAAAAUGCCCAAAAGAGCAGUUAAAAUUGUGAUAAUUUAAAUCUCAAAUACAAGUCUAAAUAUGUCAAUCUUUUUUUAAAUGUGGCAGUUUUUAU